GCGAAAUACAUCUUAGUUGCUUCCGUUAUCUUUGUUCUACGAUGGCUGCAGAUUUCGACACGUACUUAUUCAUUCACGUUGGCUGAAAGUUGCAAGUGAUCAGAAGUGUGGGUCAGCUGGUUUCCCCGGAGCUUCUCCUUCAACUGUCCUUUUCUUCCUCAAAGAAUGUUGGCGAACGUCGUGUCUACAUCGAUCACGCGGCGGGGGGUUGAACACACUGAAGAGCAAGACCAAUGGGUUAUCCUCCAGCCUGAUGAGCUGUUUUGGCGGGACCAUCAGAAAUGGCUUGCGUAGAAAGGGUAUAUGCUAUGACCACGUUAUAAGCCGGACUGGGUUGCUUCCUGGAAGGGUACCAACAAGAGCUUCAUGGACUGUGAGGACGCUGUGUAUAUUGAAGACAUUGCAUGGACAUAUUCUCGAUGCCACUCGAAUAUCGGACGGAGAGAUAGUGAUGUUGAAACGAAUCUCACAUCUUGUUCAUCCCCACGAGAAAGAACUCAGCGUGCUAUUCUCCUCUGAGCCUCUACGAUUUCAUCCUCGGAAUCAUUGUGUCCCGCUGUACGAGGUACUUGAUCUAUCAGAGGACCAGAUUGGCGAGGUUUUCGAAUGCUUCAGACAAGUUAUCGAGGGCCUUCAGUUCAUGCUUCAGUGCCGUGUGGCGCACAGGGAUUGCAUGACGCUCAAUAUCAUGAUGGAUCCCCACCCUAUGUUUCCGCAGUCCUGCCAUCCGAUGGCCACGACGUGGAACCGCGAUUUUACGAGUCCAGCUAAUACUCGCGUGAGGAAGAGUAUCUGCUGGAGGAUAUUAUCACGGGCGGCGAUAAGACUGUCCUACAAUUUCAGAAUACUCUCAAUCCUCAGGACCCAUUCCCAAUCGACAUUUACUACCUUGGAAAUGUUACCAAGCAUGAUUUUCUGGCGAGAUGCUCUGGACUUGAGUUUCCUAAACCGCUUGUUGACAACAUGGUGCAGACCGAUCCGAAAAAACGCCAACGAUGGACGAAGUAGCGACCGAGUAUAAGAAACUCAUCAGGUCAUUGUCUUGGUGGAAACUUUGAACGAGAAUCAAGGAGAAUGUUGAGGCUAGGGAUCCUAUCAAGCGACGCGCGCGAUCUAUCCUCUGGCUCGUUCAUACCAUCAGCACCUUCUAACGUUCAAAAGCGCUUUACCAGUACCCUGCUAUUGAACCCUGUGUCGCUCCUUCAUUUGAUUGAUUGGACGCCCGGAGAAUGUCGCUUUUGUACCCGAUCUGUUCUCGCUGUUGAAUGAUCGCGAUUUUUUUUCGUUCUGAGUUUAGGAAAAUACGCCUGAUUGUCCACGGAAUCCAGACGCGUUUAGGUUUGACCAACAUCUGUCAAACGUGCGGCCGCCACAAGUGACACACCCUCCUUUCGAGGGGAACACGGCAAAGAUGCACCAGUAGACAACAGUAUCACACAGGUGACCCUGGGAUAUGAUUAUGGCAUACAAGGACGUGAGUAAUAGUGCGUACAAGGCAGUAAAGAGAUCAUGGGGUUUUGGCAAAUCUUUGUUCAGCGUGGCCCACGAGGAAUGGCCAAAGUGUCUUUCUUUAUGAACUCCGACAACAUCUUACUACAAAGCACCCCAAUUGUUCAAUAUUUAGAAUGCCCAGCCUAAUGCAUCACACUCGAUGACCAU